AAUUAUAGUCUGACCAAACCUGACGAUGCAUAUAAUAAAUUGUAUAGUUUGAAAUUGUAUAGUUCGAUAAAAAUGAUAUGUAAAUUUUAUAAAUAAAUGUCCUUCGAAGAAUAUUAAAUGCUUUGAUGAAGCAGCAGAAUGCUUUUUAAUUUCUGUGAUCCCCGUUUACGACCAGAAAUUCAUUGUAAUACUAUUAGUACAGAAGGAUAUGAAAUCAGCAAUCUCAUAAGUGACAAUGAUAAAGGAUUCUUAGCUUAUGCUUGUAUCAAACCUCCUGUCAAUAUUGAUAUUACAUUUUUGUGUAACAUACGUAUCAAUCAUAUUUUAAUUUGGCCACAUGUUGGCUCACAGAAAUCAUCAGGUUUUCAACUAUACUCCAAAACAAGUAACGAUGCCAGUGUGCCUUAUACUUUAUUAGCUACUGGAUACUUAGACCAUUCAAAUGUUGGAUUGCUGUUUUAUCCACCGAAUGUUAAUCAUGAAACAAUUUCUGCUCCACCAAAUUUUUUAAAGCGCUAUAUGAAACCUUCUAUGCAGUACUUAACAACAUAUAUAAGUAAUUUAAGGAUAUGUAUAUGUAAAACAGAAAAUUCAGUACCUGCAUUAGGUAAGAUUGAAGUAUGGGGAACAGUAUCACCACGGUGUGGAAAAGAUACAAUGGCUAGUAUUUGUACUUUGUGGUCUAAACAACAGUUUUCUAUAUCUGAAUCAAUAAAAAUACCAGAGAAUAAUGAUCUGUCUGUUACUACUAUUAAUAAUAAAGAAAAAUUAGAAUCAUCUUUACAAGUUCCUGAAUGUUUCUUAGAUGCUAUUACUUGGGAAAUCAUGACACAGCCUAUUUUAUUACCUAGUGGAAAAAUAAUUGAUCAAACCACAUUACAAAAACAUGAAGAAACUGAAGCAAUAUGGGGAAGAAGACUAACAGAUCCUUUUACUGGUAUGCCAUUUAGUGAAGAUCGCAAGCCUGUUAUAGCAAAUGCUUUAAAAGCAAGAAUAGAUAAAUUUUUACUUGAAAAUAGUAAUGUAGAAGAAAUAAAGAGGCUGCCAAGAGUUCUAGGUCGUACAUCAUCUUCAGAUACAACUGAUAAGAAAGUAUUAGAAAUUCCUAAAUAUUUGUUAAAAGAGAAUGUGUUAAAUAACAGUUUAAGUGACAAUAAAUCCAAGUUGCAUAGUAGAAUAAUGAAUACACAAGAAAGUAAAAAAUUUUGUCAUAAACUGCCAGUUAUUGUAAUAUCUAAUAAACGAAACUCUUCCAUUUCAAGUAAAUCAGUAAAGAAACUAAAGACUGUUAAUUUUAAUGUAUCAUCUUGUGAAGAAAUAGAAAGCAAAAAGAUAAAUAAUUGUACUGCUGAAAGUGAUAGUAAUAUAGAUGCUGAAGUUAAAAAAGUAGUGCCACAUCUAAAACGUUUUGAUAGUAUUUCUGAAAUACAUGGUGAAAGCUCUAAAUCAAAUAGUUGUUCCUGUUGUCCUAAUGGAAUUUUUUACCAGCUUCCAUGUAAACAUGUAUUAUGUAGAAAAGCUUUAAUAUCUAUCCAAGAUUAUCACUGUACAGCUUGUGGUAUGUCUUAUAAUAAUAGUGACAUACAACGGAUUUAUGAAUAAUAAAAAUAUUUACUAUUAAUCGCGAUAGUGACAUAAUUUAUUUAUAUCAUGUUCUUUUAUUAUCAAUUGUGAAUAUUUUACACUAAAAGUAUUGUAAC